UACUCAAUACGCAUAUGUAGUUUUGCACACAUCUAACUUUUCAAUUAUAAUUUUUCAUAAAAUAAAAUAUCAAAACUGAAAUCAAACUAUUAAAACUAGUUUAUAUAUUUAUAAAUAAUAGCAUUCGGUUCUGAUUUUGAGUUAGUUUAAGAAAAUUCCAAAUAUAUUGAAGACAGUUUUUAUAAUUACUACAGUAUAUCGAGCCUGGCAACCCUGCGUUGUGAGAAAGUAAUCAGCUGAGUCGUUUCUAUGCGGAAAACCCCAAGUCGUUGGAAAUUCUACCGUAAGCAGGCGGUAGAAGCGUUGUUGGGUAAUUAUUUACAUUGCGCUCUCAUAAGAUUCAUUUGUGUAUAUGCAUUUGAAGACAGUGGUUCAGAAACUGAAAUUAUUAUAAUUUAAAUCUGCCGAAAUGUUAUCAGCGGGGGAAAGCAGUGCCCAAAAUUUAAAAAGAAAAAUGAAUCCGUUUAAUGUGGAAUGGGCAGAAAAGUAUUUAUGUCAGGAAAGCUCUGGUAGCAUACAAUGUCUGCUAUGUAAAAAACAUGUUCCGAUGAAAAAAUACAAUAUUCAAAGGCAUUAUGAAGCGCAACACGAUGAAUAUGAUAGGUAUACAGGUGAAUCCCGUACCAAUUUUUUUAUGAACUUAAAGUCGUUAGGCAACAUUAAAGCACAGGAGUGUUCUGUUGAUAGUAAUGGUGCAAUCUAUGUUAGCUAUGCGAUUGCACUUAAAAUGGUGUUAGGUAACCAUCCAUUUUCCUAUGGAGAUUUCAUUAAAGAAUGCAUUUUGGAAGCAGCUGGAACUUUAACUAAAGAACAUCUUCCAAAGUAUCAAAAAAUCUGCUUAUCGCGCCGAACAAUUGCACAAAGAGUACAGGAUAUGGCAAGUGAUAGUGAACGGCAGUUAAAGAACCGAAUUUCCACCUUUACUUCUGUAUCUUUGGCUCUAGACGAGAGUACGGAUGUAAACGAUAUUGCACAGUUGGCUGUGUUCAUUCGGGGCACAGAUAUUGAUUUCAAUAUCACAGAAGAGUUGCUGGACAUAAUACCUAUGAAAGGAACUACAACAGGAGAAGACAUUUUUAAUGCCGUUAUGAAUUGCGCUGUUGAUAAGGGUUUAGACUGGAGCAAAGUGCAUAGUGUGGCGACAGAUGGUGCUAAAUCAAUGACGGAUCACAAAAGCGGGUUUAUAGGCAGGCUUAGAAGCAAAUUUAGUCUAGAAAAGUAUAACGACUUCAUUGCGGUACAUUGCUUGGUACAUCAGCAAGCCCUAUGUGCUAAGUCGUUAGCUUUUGCACAUGUAAUGGACGUUUUCGUUAAAUGUGUCAAUUUAGUGAGAUCUCAUGACCUCAAUCAUCGUCAGUUUAAAGAAUUUCUUGAAAGUAUGGAGUGUGAUUAUGGGGACAUACCAUAUUACACAGAAACACGAUGGUUAAGUCGUGGGAAAACACUUUCAAGAUUUUACGAUUUGAGGUUAUCAAUUUCGAACUUUCUGGUAAUGUUUUGUGUACAUCGUAAACGGAUAUAUAUAAUAUAA